AUGGAGAUCGUGAUUUUCAUUUUGGAGGUUGGAGACAAGCUGUGGGAGCCGGUUAGUAAUCAGAUAGGCUAUCUGGUCCACUAUAAGAAGAAUGUGGAGAAUCUCAAUGCUGAAGUAGAAACACUAGAGGCCUUAAGGAAAGAUAACCGAGAAUCUGUGCGGGCAGCUGAAGUGAAUGGUGAGGAAAUUAAAGCUGACGUUCGUACAUGGCUAGAAAGGGCUGAUGCAGCUAUAGCGGAGGUAGAGAGAGUGAACGAUGAUUUUAAAUUGAACAAGAGAUGCUUGUGGGGGUGUUUUCCUGAUUGGAUAUCACGGUACAGGCUAAGCAAGAGAGCAGUGAAAGAUAAGGUCACCAUUGGUGAGCUUCAAGAUCAAGGAAAAUUUGAAAGGGUCUCUCUCCAAGUUAGGAAGCCCUUGGAGAUUGAGUCCAUGAUCUCCACCGGAGAUUUUGAGGCCUUCGAAUCAACGCAACAGGCAAUGAAUGAGGUCAUGCGGGCGCUAAGGGACGAUAAAGUUAAUAUCAUCGGAGUCUAUGGAAUGGCGGGUGUGGGCAAAACAACCAUGGUGGAACAAGUAAGCGUGCAGGCCCGUAGAGAUGGACUGUUUGAUCACGUGGUCAAGGCUGUUGUUUCGCAAAACAUCAACCUGAAGAUGAUUCAAGGUCAAAUUGCAGAUAUGUUGGCAGUGAAGCUAGACGAUGAGAGUGAGGCCGGAAGGGCAGGCCAUUUGAAGGAAAGGAUAAUGAGAGGGAGGAUCCUCAUAUUCUUGGAUGAUCUCUGGGGGAGAAUAGAGUUAACAAAAAUAGGAGUUCCUAGUGGCAGGGACCUUCAAGCUUGCAAAUCGAAAGAAGCUGCUCGACAACUAGAAAUGUCCAGUCCUACAAAAGAUGAUAUGAUCGCAAGAUUUUUAGGUAUAUAA